UCGGGUGCAGCCCUAGAAAAGACAAAAAAAAAAGUUUUUGAUAAAUUCAGUUUCAGUUUGCUUUCAGCGAAAUACCGAGUUCUUAGCCAUUUGUACGUUUUUGCCAUAUACCUUUUAUUUUUGCUGAGAAACUUGACCCCAUUUUAGGUGCUCGAAUAAGAAUUCAAGAUUUCAUAGAUCUUGUCAUUUCUAUACUCUUGUCAUUCAGUCUUGCUUGGCUUAAAAUUUCAUUGAGGUUUUUUUUUCGUUAUUUUUUUUCUUCUUCACGUAAUUUGUAUUAUACAGCUGUUCCUGCCUCUGGUCAUUCACAGAGCAAAGAAGGAGGCAGCUACAAUGUCUGAGUGAGAGAAUGCCUUUGGACCUUGAUUCUCAAAUUGAGUUAGCACCUGCCUUAGGGUCACAGGGGUGUUCACGUAAAGGCAGGUUUUCUGUGGGUCCUGCAAAUCUAUCUCUAGGGAGGGGGUGCCUUAGAAAAAAAUCUGAAAAAGAAUAUAUAUAUAGCUGAUUACCCCAUGCCUGGCAAAAUGAAGCUUGAGGCCAUGAACAGAUACAUCAGCCCAGGGAAGCUGGCUGUCUAUCCCCAUCUGACUGUGGUGCUGUUGGCCAUUGGCAUGUUCUUCACUGCCUGGUUUUUCCUCUGGGAGGUCACCUCCAAGUACAUGCGGGAUAUCUAUAAAGAGCUCCCCAUCUCUUCGAUGGCCUCACUCUUCAUGGCCUUUAGUCUUCUUCCUACUGUUCUGGGUCAGCAUCUCUAUAUGAGCUCCCAAGGGUUCCAUCCACGUGGCUUCACGGAAUCCCUGUUUUUGUAAAUUAUUAUUAUUGUCAUUAUUUUUUAUGGCCACA